CCCUUUCAGUAACCUCUCCUGAAGUCUCCUCCUGAAUGUGGAAAACGUGUCUGCAGUUCUUUGGGCUAAAGUAACUUCCUAUAAUCUCCCGUGGGGCGGGAUCCAUGUCUGUCCCGGGUCUCCCCUCCUCCUGUUUACAGUUUUUUCUCCCCUCCAGGAUCCUGAUACGUGGCUGUUUGGGGGAGCAGCGGUGGCGGACAGUAACUGCCGUGCUGCAGCUAGCGGCUCCCCGCCUUCAGCUGCUGGGAGUCUGGAGAAAGUCAGCGGCGUCAGCCUGCAUUCAUUAAGUCGGCCUGGAUGGCAGGGACACACUGGUGCAACGACUGCCGAAACCACAAGCAUUACUGGUUGCAAGUGCUUUUUGGACCGUGGGACGGAUGAACGGUAGAAGCUGUAGGAAGCCCAGCUGGGCUGUAGCUGCUCUUUUUAUCCCCGUUACCCUGCUGAUGCUGACCUCCAGGGGGGCAUCAAGCAGCCACAAGAUGACACAAACAGCUAUGGCUCAUGCAACAGACAGGGCUGCAGGACCAGGCCCCAGCCUGACAGAUGACCUCCCAGGCCUCCAGGCAGUAGCAAGCUUCUUAUCCAGCGAAAAUGCCCAUGUGUGGCUCUUGUCCCUCGUGGGCUCUGUUGCUGUAGGCCUCAGUGGGAUUUUCCCUCUUCUUGUCAUUCCCAUUGAAGCUGGAGCAGCCCUCAAAACAGAAGCUGGAGGCCAGAAACUGAAGCAGCUCUUGAGCUUUGCUAUUGGCGGUCUCCUUGGCGAUGUAUUCCUUCACCUCCUUCCAGAGGCGUGGGCGCUCUCUGGCUCCUCAGCUGGUAAACACAACCACUACAUGACCCAGGGCUUGUGGGUAAUCGUUGGCCUGUUGGCCUUCCUCCUCCUGGAGAAGAUGUUCCCAGACGAAGACGGCUAUGAGGAGCCCACUUCAAAUUCAGACCUGAAUGCUAACUCUGCUUCACAGUCAAAUUCAGCUCUCAGUGGAAAGGCAGUGGCAACGCUCAGAAAUGGGCACCAUGCUGAGUCAUGGAAAUCCUCCAAGCAACAGAGUCUGCAGGAAAGAUCAGAGAAAAUCAAGACAAGUGGAUACCUAAAUUUGCUCGCCAACUGCAUUGACAACUUCACCCAUGGACUGGCAGUAGCAGGAAGUUUCCUGGUUAGCAAAAAGGUUGGGUUCCUCACCACCCUCGCCAUCCUACUCCAUGAAAUCCCGCAUGAGGUGGGGGACUUCGCCAUUCUGCUGAGGGCCGGGUUUGACCGGUGGAGUGCUGCCCGCAUGCAGCUAUCCACAGCGCUGGUUGGGGUCUUGGGCGCCUGCUUUGCUCUGUGCGCUCAGUCACCAAAAGGCACAGAAAAUGCCACAGCCUGGAUAUUGCCAUUCACCUCUGGAGGCUUCCUCUACAUCGCCUUGGUUAACGUGGUGCCAGACCUGCUCGAGGAGUCAAGUUUAAGGCAGUCACUUCUGCAGAUCCUGCUCAUUUUCUGUGGUGUGGCCGUCAUGGCUGCGCUCUCUGCCAUUGUUGACUGAACAUGGAGUUACCCCCCCCCUUUGCCUUACCAAACACUAAAGCUCAGCAUUCACAAUCUACCCGUCAUAUCUGGUACCUUUCAUUUAUCAUGUUACAUCAAAACAAAUAUCUGACAAGAGAACAGCACUUUAUGGAUGGAUGACUGAACGGAAAACCCUCUUGAUCUGCUGACAGGACAUUUGUGUGGACACUUUAAAAUGUGCCAAACAUCAAGGGAAUUAAGAGGGUUUGUAUGGAUAUGUGUUACCAAAUUGUCUUAUAUUGUUGAUCAGACAAUCAUGUUGUUUUGCACAUACAUUUACACAGGUACAUCUGACGUACCAGCUCAACAGAACAGGUAUUAUUGACCCUCUACAGGGGCCUCCCUCUUUAAAAUGUAUUCAACCCCGAAUUGUUAGGACAUUGUAUGUAUUGUUACUUUUUCUGAUUUAGCUGCUGCAUAUUUAUUGAAAAUUAGACAAGCAACAUAUAGUUUUAUGAGAUGUGCACCACCACCACUCCAUAAGUUUUUCAAAGAAAUAAGUGCCGAAAAGUCAGGAUGGUCUGUUACACCAGAGUCAGGUCUACACCAAAGUUAAGUUUUUUUCUGUUUUGUAUCUUCCUCACUCAAUACUGUCUGUAGCUUUUGAUCUCUGCUUUAAUACGUAAUUGUGAUAAAGUGGAAGUUAUUGAAGAAAAAAGAUUGGUACUAUUUGUUAAUUCAGUGGAAACCACUUUAAGUGAUCUUUUUUUUCUCACGCUAUUAAUUGACAUUUAUGAAUUCAUUACAUGACUAUUAUGGACUAAAACAGACAUCUACUUACAGUAUUUCACUGACUGUUUCAAAAUACAGCACAGCUGUUUGAUUUCGUGGGGGCAUUAUCAAUGCAGUUGACGAAGGCGGCUUCAACCACAGGUGCUCUCCUUGUGUGCAUUUGUUUUGUGUCUGCAUCACCAGCAGACUUUUUUAUGUUGUUUGGAUUGACAUGAGUUGGUCAAAAGCUUUUAGGAGACUACAGUUUCUCAACACAAUUGCCAAACACAAAUGUUGGCAUUGUACUUUUCUGUAAACCUCUGAUGUUAUGUUUGCACAUUAUUAUGUUGUGGAGACAUCGUUAAAAACACAGAGUGAUGGGGGUUCAGUCCUUGCCAGAGAAGCAGCAACGUCUCAGUAAAACAACAGCAGAAUUUCAUGCCACUGUUCUGGCAGUAAAUACAUUGAUGUAAUUGCUCUUCAUGGCACUGUUCUUGCAGGAAAAAAUGAUAGCGGUCGCUACGAAACACCCACAGUUAGCCUAAAAAGAUGCCAGAAACAAAGGUGUGACUCACUAAAUCACAACUGGUUUUCUUGUAUUCUGGUCUGGAACAGUGGUCUGCAGCUCAGCAGGAACCUCACUAAAAUGACACCAUAUCCACCAUCCCUUCCACCUCCCAAUAAUGAAGUCAGCUCAAAUAUAACGCCACUUUAGAAACGUUGACAUGAUAUGUCUAAAAUUUGAAAAUGUUACGUAUUUGUGUUUUGCAGAAACAAACAUUGAAAACAUUUUCUUAUGGUGAGAGAAAAUGACUUUCUUUUUCCCGUCAUGAUGUCAGUGAGCACACAGCACCAGCUGAAAGCUGACGGGUUACCAUGCAGCAGAGUAUCAUGGGGCUAAAGUAAAAAUGAAAAAACUUACACUGUAAGAAGAGUACUUGAUUAUUAUUAUUAUUAUUAUCAUUAUUAUAUGCAAAUUAUUUAAACAACAUUUGUACAGGAAAGAUCUUGUCCCAACCUUUUUUGAUCCAUAUAAGAGGUUUCCACUGUAUUAAGUUUUGACUUCUAUUUGUUGCCAAGGAUUUUGUGAGACUAGGGACCGAUAACUCUUAAAAAGCAGGAUUAUUCAGAGCAUUAUGUUUUUGAUACACAUCUUGGUGAAAGUUUCCAUUCUCAAAGAAAUAAACUGUAAAAUCCAGAAAUCUA